AUAGGCGAUAUUCGUCGUCGCUACAAAUAGACAAAUCAAACGUCGUGCAACUGAGCACCGCGUUCAAUCGUGUACAAUACCGUGCCAAAAGAAAUUUCCUCUUUUAUGUAUCGCGUUGCGUUGCGAUCGUGCGAAGCUGAUCGAAGUGUUUCCGCUUUGCUUCCAGUAUUCACGCACAGUGUUUUAAGGUUGAACGCUUCAUUUUGAUUUACCUUCCUCUGUUAAGACACCUCAACACAUAGCACAUGCUUGUAUCACUCAGCCUACGAUAAAUCCUUAUCCAGUGCCACAGUGUCGCACAGUGAGCCAUAGCCAUUUCACCGCUCAACGCUUCCCCGGACGUGCCUCCUAGUGCAGCAGCGGCAGCUUGAAACGAGACACCAGCUCCUCCCGUUUUCUGGCCCGUGGUGACUGAGAAUCGGUUCCGCAUGGUGACAAUAAUCAUACCCAUAUACGUAGUGAUAGUCGUGUUUGUGACACUGCUGGUAAUACUGUAGGGCGAGCGAGCAGCAAAGCGCCCCGGCCCAACCCUCCCAAAUGAGUGUCCCUCCCGCCGGUGCCACGGUCGUAUUCCGAUGUUGUUGCGCUCCGAGCGGCUACGGUACAGGUUGGCUGGUUUGCACUGGUGCACGUGUCACCGUGGCUGCUGCUGCUGCUGCUUCACUGCUGCCGUGCGCUAGACAGUCGAUCCGCUCGUGAGCUCCACCGUGGUCCGAGGCUAACGCGUGCAAGGCUGCUGUUGUGUUGUGUGUGUGUUGUCCGAGUACCAUCCGGCCGGCCGUUUUCCGUGCCGUUUCCGUUCGCAUUCCGUACCGGGGUCGGCGCUCCAGUGUAAGCGCAACCGUCUAGCUGCGAGGGCGGCCACCUCUUCACGUGUAAUCCGCGGGUCGCGCUAGUACUGUCGCACAGUACUAGCAGCGCCUAGCCAGUGGCCGCAAUAGCAUCGACACGCAGGUAUCCCCGGGGCCAGAACGCACCGGCGCGGACAGCGAGCGGGACGUGGGCGCAGCGCAGGCCAGCGAUCAUGGCGAAGGUGUCGGCAAGCACGCACCAGGACCCGGCCAUCCUCGACAUGAUGGAGAUCAGCAAGAAGCGCCCGCCGAAGCUGAAGUCGGCCGAUCGCACUGUUUCGAUGCGCAUCGACAACUACUCGCCGGGCAGCGGUGGAGCCGGUGGACCUGGUGGGGGUGGUGGCCCUGGUGGCGGUGGAGGAUCUUCCGUUGGUGGAAGCCGCGAAGGUGGCAGCGGGAGUGCUACGGGUGGGAGCAGUCCGAUCAUGCUCGACAACAGCCUGAUCGUGCACCACAGCCCGGUCGAGCGGCUGUCCCCGAUCUCGAUGCAGAAGCACUCGCCCGACCCGAAGGUGUUCUUUCGCAGCGAAGCCUCACCGACCUCGCUCAAGGUGGAGGAUCCGUGGAGCAUCGCGCGGAAGCAGUUUCGCCGCUCGGACACGCUGCACGUCUACUCGCCCUCGAUGCAUCAGCUGCGCAAAGCCACCUCGUUCCAUUCGCGCAGCAACAGCGGAGGCUCCAACCCGGACGAGAUUGUGGCCGCACCGAUCAUCCGGCACAGCAGCGUGCGGCACACGCAUAUCUACCCGCGCGAGUACCUCGUCAAGCAGGACAGUGGCGGCGGCGUCAGCAGCGGUGGCGGCGAGGACGAGGAUGAGCAGCUGACGGUGGCAGCGGCGGCCGCUGCUGCCGCGGCCAGCUACCGCCAGCACUCGCCCAACGUGAGUGCCAACCGGCGCAACUGCCAUAUGCAUCGCUCGUUCAACGACCAGCAGAAACGCAAUGCGGCCUUUCUCCGGCGGGACUCGGUAAAGUUUCACUCGCUCGGCGACGACAUCCCGGCAGAGGUGGUGGACCGGAGCCCGCGCGAAGCGAAAAAGUUCAGCUCGGCCAACGCGUCGCUGGAGAACGAGAUCUAUCGGUCGCGCAGCAACAGCCGCACAGACAAGAAGGGCGAAUCGUUCUCGGACUUUGUCAGCCGGCAGAACAGCAAGAAGUACAACCAGAAGAACAGCACCACCAGCCUCGACCAGGCACUGCCGUACGUGGGUGGGAGUGGCGGGGGCAGCUUUCGGCGCUCCCUCAUCCAGCACUCGAACGCGCACCUGCUCAGCCCGAACCCGCCGUUCCUGGACGACUUCAAGCCGCAGAAGUCGCCCAUCUUCGAUCAGAAAAAGUCCUACUCGCUGCGCUACAAGAACGGGCGGCAGGAUGCGCGGGAAAACUUUAAAGCGAAAAAGUCGAAGAGCUUCAUCGUCGAUCUGGAGCCGCCGCCACCGGCCAUCAUCAGUGCGACCGGCAGCCCGUACCGCAAGGACAGCAUGGCCUUCACGCCGGAGGAAGCGGACAAGAUAUACAAGGCAUCGCGCAAGCUGUCCUCCAACCUGAUGCUGGACGACAUCGGCCGGACGACGGACAUAUCGCCCAUCCCGAUGGACAUCAUGGACAUCAACUACGGCGUGAUCAUGAAGACGUACCAGAUGAACCGCCAGAAGUCGCUCGGUGCGUCGCGCAAGGGCCGGCGAAAGUUUGCCGACAAGAAGCUGGCGGGCAGCAGCUUCGACGACGAUACGGAAUCGUCCAAGAAGCGCAAGCGCAUCGUCUGUAUCGUGAUGACCGUCUUCCUCGCGCUCGCCCUGUUCAGCGUGCUGGCGGUGCUGGUGACGCUUACCCACACCAGCUCCGGCGGUUCCAGCACGUCCACGCAAACCAAGACGCAGUACACGUUCGCACGCGACACGCCGAUCCACGCCAUCCCGACCUACAUGGUGUCGAAGGACUCGCCGAAACACUACAACGGUGCCAAUUGAUGCGGCAACUUUAGCCGCUCGCGCCCACUGAAUGCGCCCGUGUCCCGCUGGCAGGCACGCGGCAGCGGCAGUGGUGGCGGCGGCGGCGGCGGCACCGGCGGUGGUGGCGGUGCAAUUACGUCCGACACCAUCAGCUGUCUGGUGGAGCAGCACAGUUAGUAGCGCCUGGGGCGACGUCGUCGUCGCCGGCGUAGUGUUGUAGCGGUUAGCCGUAAUGGAACUAGCGGAAGCGACAGCAACAGCACCAGCGAGGACGUUACCGCCCAUCGUAAGGUAGAGCAGGGGGACGGAGCAGCAGGAGGGAACAGCUUCCGUGGUGGCAAGGAUGGUGAACUUAGCGCGAACAUAACAAUAUCCAACGAAGUGCCAAGGACGACCCGGGCGCAACAGCAUCGUUACGCACGUGGACGGCCAAAUUUUUUUAGAAACAAUCUCAUCGGACGCCGGAAACGGGUAUGGAGGCUGCGGUUACCGGCAAACAUCGCUCGGGUUCGAGCAGCACUGAUACAAACCGUAGCAAGAGGUGCCGAUACUGGCGGUGGCAGCGCCUAGCACGGUGCAUAGGAACAGUAGCGGCAGUAACAGGAGAUGCCACGGAGCUUACCAGUAGAGAGAAAAGGAGAGAGUGUGUGUGUCGGCUUGAAGAAACGGAAGACGUCACGAAGUGCGCGUUGGGUCGUGAGUGAGUGGUUUUGUGAGAAGAGUAUGGACGAGCACGGGCUCGUACACGACUGCAAAGUGUGCCAAGCGAUCACGGGGACGAUCGGACGGGAUCCACGCCACGAUUCAGCCGGUAGCCGGUAUCGAACGCAAUGGAGGAGCAAUCGCAUCUAACAUAUACGAAACAAUAAGUGGAUCUAAUCUAGUGCAAUAUUAAUCGGAACGUCUAGCGCGCUGAACGCGAAAACAGAAUUCUACCACUACCACGUAACACGUAAAACAUAACUCUAAACAAAAGACAAGCAUGAUAAACUAAAACACGGGAAAGCGAAACUAAAAGCCCAUAAAAAGGAAGCAGAAAGCAUAUUUAUUGGGUAAAACAUUUUAAUAAAGCAAACUAAAAAGCAUAGCAUAACCUUGAACGAUGGAUACUGCAGGAGAGGCGGAAUGCUUACCGGAAAGGCAUAUUACUAGUGUGAACGGUAUCGCAACAUCUAACCUUAAAGUACAUCACGUCAAACAAUAAAGCAACAUAAAGUAAACGGACAAAAUAAUCACUAAAAACGUUAAACAAACAAACAAACAUGCAAACAAAACCAAACAAAACUUAAUCAAAAGCCAACCAUCAAAAAGUGAAGUAAACAUAACAUAUACUAACAAGUAAACGCAUAAAAAAAAGAUAACCCAUAAUAUAGAUUCCGUGUAUGCAAACGUAGCAACUGAAGAUAUUGUGGACAUCGUGUAGUAUGUUUUUUAUAUAAUAAAACAAAACAAAAACUGAAGCGCACAUAUAUCACACUGCAGAAAUGUACGCAAACUGUAACAUUUCAACGGCCGUGAAUGAAAUACGUCAUAAGGUGUCAGUUAGGUUCCAUUUUGGAUACCGAAUCCAUCUACUGUUCGUCAGUGCAGAAAAGUAAAGCUAGUAUACGGAAGUGUCGUGUAGCGUUAUUUCGUUCGUUAGUGCCUAUUCCUGGUGUUUUGGUCUUCCCUUUGUUUUAAUGUAAACCACUAUCACAACAGCGAGUACAUCCGCGUACGCAAUGGUGAUAAUUGCAUAUUAGAAUGUCGCAUGAAUAGUCGUCCACGCGUUGUACCGAAUGUCAACACACAACACCUCAACGUCCUGUCUCGUUGCGCACAAGCAAAAAUAAGAAAAAAAAAGAAACUCACCUACCCUUGUUCAUCACCGUCAGAACUGGACUGUCAUUAAGUACGGCAUUUUCAACGCUAGUGGCCUUAAACAGUAACACGCCGAAAUGGAGCAUGGGAGCGCAAGCGUGGCAUCGUGUACGGUGCCGUUUAUUGACCUGACUAGGUUUCACUUCAAAUGAGUUCGUUCGAUGAGCGAACUUGUUCGACCAUGAAAGUGUCCGUGCGUGUGAACCAUUUUAUGCUCGAUUAAUGGAUACAUCAACAUGAAAGAAGCAAAAAAGGUGUUGAUUGCACAGUGCGCCAAGAAAACGAACGUCUCAUGCGAGAGUCUCUCGAUAGGGCGAAGAUGAUUAAAAACUACACCGAGUACAACCGGAUGAUUGGCGGCGAUGAAAUUCCUUAACGAU